GGUGGGUAAAUUCACGCAAGUCAUCACGGGUCGUGAAUAUGUCAAUAAAUUUGAAUAGUUUUUGCGGUGCAGCAGUGUUGAUUUAAAUCGAAAAUAUAUUGAUGGUAAUCGUAAAAUAUCAUACAUUAAACUAGAUGUCCCUACCCGGAAAGAUGCUGGUGGUUUGCGCAAAAAUAUUCUAGUGCUUUGCAUGAAUCUUUGGCUACUUUGACUGUAGUAGCUGCGAAAGCACGUUAUGCCGAAUAGUGACUCUUCUGGUGGAAUUUACGCCCCUAUUCCGCAGUCAACUGUUACUGACUCCGAGAGCGAAGAGGAUCUACACAGCACGGUAAUACGACCAGCGGUCCAGCAGCAGUAUUCUAGUGUGCGAUUCGGGAAGACAUUGGUAACUAUGAACGGUACCAGCGGAAAAGGGAAAAUGCAAUUUGUUCCUUCCCUCAAUGGAGCUGGAAUUUUGGUAGCGGGACCACCACGAAAUUUUGUAGUUAGUGGUGAGAACGGUAGUACUAUUUGUAAUAACUUGUACAAUGGAUUGCCCAGCCCAAGCGAUGUUGAGGAUGCCAACGGAGUAUUUCAAGCGGAUAAUGUUGCGAUCCUGCAGGAGGCUGGAUCUAUUACGGAGAGGAAAAUGUCAUUUCCAAGAAAGUGCUGCUUUAUAGCUUCGCUAGCAGUUUGCUUCCUGUCCCUUAUUAUAUUUCUAUGGGUCAUCCCUUGUUCUGAUGAGCUGGCCUGUCCAGCUGGGACAGAAAGAACGAAGACGCAGAACUGGAUUAAAAACUACGAAAAAAUUGAGCUGAAAGGCGUUAUUAACGUAGUUGAAGGUAUUCGUGGAAAGAGUAAGAAUUUAGUAUUAAUGUAUCGUGGCGAUAAAUUAUUUCCCGAGUUUGAAGAUUCAUACAAGAGAAGAAAUGGGAUAAUCUCCUUGAUAGGUAGCAGUGGAAAGGUAGCUUGGUAUGAUCAAAUGGUUAAUGAACCGAAAAGUAUCGAUUGCACGCUGAUCGAUGCAGACUUGAGCGGCGCGCCGGAUUGCCUUAUCAUGGAUGAGUAUGGGCAGCUUGAAUGCAUUAAUCCUCUGUCUGGUGAGUGGAUCUGGCAUUCACCCAUAUACGAUCGGAAAAAUAUCCUAAAACAAAAUGAUCUUUUGGAUUUUCCACUGGUAAUCCCAGAUGUAGAUGGUGAUGGUGUGAAUGAUUUGUUCUUUAUCACGAGCUUUGGGGAAACAAAGCACAACAAGUUUGUCAUGAUAUCCGGGCGAAAGGGACAGCUAAUAGGCGAUUCCUUCAUUGUGAAGGAAUGUAUUUACGUUCAUAAACUCAUGAUAGAUGCGGAUUAUAACGUUAUGUACAACUGUGUUCGGGAGAAAUCAGAGCAACAACGUUCAAAACCGCUGGCAGAAUUGUACAAGCUGAUAAAACGCAAGGCACUGGAUAUGAAAAAAAUUAAGAAACAGAAGAGUUUCUCUCAACAUAAAUUUUACGGUCAAAGGAAAAACACCGAAAAGCAGAGAACCAUCACUUAUGUAGGAGGUAAACAGUUGGUAAUUGAAAAUCGUGGAAGAUGUCCGGAAAACUGCACGGCAUCAGUUUUGUUAACCGAAAGAGCAAGUGGCAAAUUGCUGUGGGAUAUAUCUGGCAAACAGUUGUAUGGAAUGCAGCCUGUUCGAUUAACUUUUAAUAAUUUUGCAGCGGAUAAUCGUUCCAGAACUUACGGAUUUGUAGUUAAGUUUUGGGAGUGGAGUGAGGAGGAACCGGACAAUCGAAGCAAUCGCGAAAAGCGUGAUUUGCCUACACCCAAUCCUUUCUCCCGUCUUCUAGUGAAAAAACAAACCUGGGUGCUGCCAGCCGAUGAAACCGAAUCAGAUUACUCAGAAAAAAUGCGUCGCAGCGUGAACCAGACGUUACGCCCAGGAAUAUAUAAAACAAGAAUGCGCUACCUCAAAGAAAUGGUCAAACUGAUCGUGUUCAAUUCCACCGAUAUUAAAAUAGAAAAUACCAGUCAGUCGAACGUAAUUCAAUUUUGCCGCGAGAAUGUAAAAGAUGCUUCCGAUGUAGUUUGUCAGCCAGAUCUGAAUUAUCAGGAAAACUCUUUGCUCAUCGCCGAUUUAGACGAUGACGGCUCUCAGGAACUGGUGUCAUAUUACUCCACAUUUGUUAAAACAGAGCCAGAAACAGGAGAACGCUCUAGCAUGAAACUCAAAACGUUCGUUCAACUAUUACGACUCGAGUCAGAGCUGCCAAAGCUUUACAAUGCGAUCGAGUCGAUAAAAAACUAGGCGAACUGUUAGGAAAUCCUACGUAAGGAGAUAUGUGUGAUCUCAUACCCUAGUCAGAUGGGAACUAUUCUCGUAUUGUUUAGAUAUACACAGUCAUUCAAUGGAUCUCAAUGUUUGUAUGGAGCACUUUUGUGAAAGUAGAUCUAGUCAAAUCAAUUUAAUACCUAGUUUUAACGAAGCACGUUGACAAAGAACCAUUUUUAAUAGAUCCUCACCACUGAUGUUAACUAUUUAUAUUGCACUUCUGCUUAAAUGUAUAGUAUGACUUCUUGCAAAUAGAUACAAACAAAUUAGUUGCUUUCUACCUGUAAUAAAAAAAAACUAGCAAAAAACGGUAUUUGAGAAAAAAAAAUUCCCAUCUUUAUGGUAGCAUAAGGUUACCGUAUCGUGGUCAAUAUUUGAAACCAUCCGUGAAUGCUUGAAUCGACACAAUUGUUGGCAUCGUGAACUUGUGUGAAGCGUUUUUAUGGAUUGAAAUACGCAGUUGAUGUUUUAAACCGUAUACCCAGUACAUAUGGUACCGCGAGGCGCCCUAAUUCUGCGCACCUAGUAUCAAAAUGUUGAUGCUGUUUAGUAAAAAAGGAAACACAAGCAGAAAGUUGACAGUUAACAUAUAGGAAAUCACUUCCAAACAUCAUUUUUGAAAAUCUGCUUUUGAUUGAUAUUUUUUAACAUUUUAAUAUGAAGUGCGCAGAAUUAGGAACCGCGCAGAAAUAGGGCGCUUUACGGUAUAACGUUGUCAAUUUCGCGGAAAAUCUUGAUAAUUGUUACUUGUAUUCCGAAAUCACCUAGCUCCUUUAAAAUAGGGCCGUAUUACAGAAGCUUCGACGAUAAAGAGACCAGAUAGUUAAAGCCCCAAUGCAGACACACUUAUUUAAUUGUGUGUCGGAUGCAAAGGAGGAAGGGGGGGGAUAAGGGUUGGGUUGUUACCUUGAAACGGUAAAAAACCACACGUGAAUUGUUUCAAAAGUCGGCGGAACACAUUUUUAAAUCAAAAUAUUUGGAGCAUUACAAAAAAUCAUCCUGAAAAUAAACAAUUAUGAAAAUUAA